GGCCAGUCCGGGCGCCUACUUGCGGCGUGCAGCCCGAGCUUUGCGCUCCAUGCCCGAACGUUGGUGCGCGCAACCACGAGCGUUCGUCUAGAAUUGUCGGUACCUAGCCAGAAAUACCUCGCUCGUACCCAUGUUACCAUCCGCAAACAUCGCCAGGGAUUUGGACGGGGCGCAUACCGAAGUCCUUCUACAAGCAUUCGCAGAUCGCAUUCUCGUCCUUGUCACUCAGAUUGGCAAAGUGGGCACCUUGAUACAAGCAAGCAUCCCGGCUACGACUGCUCUUGAUCCCGCACCACCGCCCGACCCAUCCGAGCCCAAUGUCAUACCCUUACCACCACCACCUCCCGCCAUCCAGCUGACGCCGCUCCUUGGGAGUGCCCCUUCGGAUCAUAUGCACACGCUGCAUUCCUUGUAUGUUUCGCAGAUCGCGACAGUGAUAUGGACGGAAGAAGUCCAGGAAUUCAUGGAGGCGGAGCGGCGACCUAUAGUGGUAGGAUUGGCUUUGCGAAAGACCGCCGAGGCAGAGGAGGAUCUAGGUCUGACGGUCCACGAGAAGAAGGUAUUCUACGGAAUCAUGGAAAUGGUCCGGGAGCUCGUUCAGCGGAACUGAUGCCGCACUGGACCUGGGAUCCUGUAGGGUACUGCUCAAGUUUACCGAAAGUGUCGAAAAUUCGUUGAACAUACCUCAGCUUUGCGAAGUGAUGCUUCACUCCUUCUCCACUGCCGCACGUAUGGCGUUCAAGUCUACGUCAGGCUCGCCAGCCGUGAGUUUCCGUUCGCGCUCCUGUCUCCAUCUGUCCAGCUUCCAUUGUACGAGGGCUCCCAACCGUUGGUCUUCCGGGAGAGCAAUUCGAGGGUUGUUCUCGUACAGAUAGUAGGCGAACACGCCAGUGAAGAUGCCCAGGAGCGGAUCAAGGGUGCUGUACGACUUGUCAGCGGACAGAGGGCCGAGUCUCGCAAUCA